CAAGAGCAGCUGGCUGACCCAAGGUUGGGGAAUCCCUGAGCCACACUAUACCAAAUCCUAGUGUGGUAAUUAUAAUCAUAAUCCCAAUCCUACUGGUCUCAGACACUUGCUCCCUGUCCUACUAUCCCAUAAUAUGCUUCAGAGAACACCACACACACAUAGGCACACACCCCUGUACAGUCCAGGAGUAAUGCAACCCUAAACCUCUAGACUCUGGAAUAAGUUUCCUUAACCUCACUGUCUCCCCAUUUAUUAGCCCUCCAAGUGGUUCGUGUCAAGUUCUGAGGGCAAGAUUGACGGCCAUUGUCCCGCCCAGGGAGGAGCUGUUUCCCACGAGCUUCUCUCCUCCCUCCAGAGAGGAUUCCCUUCUUCCCAUCCUUAGAGCCGUUGAAAAGAAAGGGCGGGAAAAAGGGGCUCCGCGAGGCGGGACGGAGGCGGCUCGCGCCCGCCAGGAAAAAGCAGCGAGGCGUCGCCUCAGCUGGGUUCCCUUUUCAGUCCUGAGGCGACGAAAGAGGAAGCCUCUCACGAGGACGCCAAAUUCUCCUCAGAAGCCUUUCCCGCCCUUUUGCCUGUUCGAAUAGCAACCCCCAAAACGGUGCGAGGACAGUAUUAACACUAAGGCAUAAUACUCAAACAAACAAACAAACAAACAAACAAAAAGUCCCCCACAAAACCACCGGAUAUAUAUACGACCCAAAUAUUUAUCCACGAUUCUCUCCCUUUUUUAAGCCUUUUAUUUACCUCAUUAAGCCUUUUUCUUAGUGACAGGCUGUCGGUCUAGGAGACAAUAAACGGGAAGGUAACAAAAUGAAUGACAUGGUCUUCAGCAACCUGGAUAAAUUGCUGGUACAGCUUGUUUUUCAGACUGAGCAAGCAUCGUAUGCAAAGGAACAUGAGAGACAACAGAUAAAGUUAUAUGCUGCAAAUAUUUUGGAGAAAAAAGGUGAAAUCUGUCGACUGCAAGAAGAUAUUCACAAAAAUGAUGAGGUGAUACUCAGCCUGCAGAAACAAAAUAAUAAUAGUAAGGAGAACUGCAAUGCCUGGAAACCAGCAUAUAUGAUUCUUAAUAAACAUGAAGAAUAUUUGCAGAAAAAACUUCAGGACUGUCAAGAAACAACAGAAAAAGAUAAAAAAAUGUACCAGGAUUAUAUGAAUCAGUAUAAGGCAACUUUUAAGCAGCAUGAAGUAAAAUUUUCAGAAACUGCAAUUGUCCAGGAGUACAUUCAGGAAAAAAAGGAAUUUGAAGAGAUCCAAAACCGAGUUCUGAAGAUGUCUGAAUUAUUCAAACAGAAGGAGUGUAAACUGAGAGAACUUCAAGAACCUGGUCCAUUUUUGUCACUUUCAUCGUGGGCACUACAUAUUGCUUCUUUGAGGCAAAACACAAAGGAAACUCUUAUGCAUGCAGCGGAUCUCAGGCAGCAAUCACUUGAGCUAGACAAAACUGUAGAAGGGCUGGAAAAGAAAAUGAAUUAUUUCCAACAGCAACUUGAAGAAAUUGCACAAGAUCAAAGCCAUCCUGAAGAUCAAAAUCACCUUGAAGUGGCAUCAAGAGAAACUGAGAGAAAUCUAGAAACAGGGACAGAAUUAGAUGGAAGCGUGCUCAAAGAGAAUCAUCAUUUGUUCAAUGAGAAGCAGCAAAAAUAUACAUCAUUGCACCUUCCUAGCAUUUCUCGGAAAGAAGUCCAUCGUAUACCAACUGUGAAGCCAAUGUUUCAACAUGCAGGGACAGCAAAAAGUGUAGAAGAGAAAGAAAAUAUUGUAGAACAUUCAACGUUGACCAGUGUGUACUUCAGCCACGUGGAAAGUGAAAAUCAGAAAUGCAAUGAUACAGCAGGAACCAAUAUUUCAAAACCUGCCCAGAUUUCAUCUGUAACAAGAUUGCAAAACCAAACACCAUUCAGAUUGCUAGCUUAUCAGAAGCAACCAAACAGCAAACAGUGGCUUGAGCCUGAGGUUCCAGAAACAGCAAACACGGCCGAUUAUGCAGGAAGAGAAGGUGGAAACAAGUCAAAGGAUUCUGCAAAUACAUCUCAAGAUGGGCAUAAAGAGUGUUACAGUAAUCCAGCUGGAAAUCACUCUGCAGAGAGAGAGGAAAGUACUGAAAGUUUUCCAAGAACUCCAGAGCCAAAUAUACUUUCAAAGACAUCUGAUUCUGGUGGAAUGAAAACACCAUUUGACUUGCUUCAGUCAGAAAAUGAAGGAUCUAUGUCCAAGUCACCAGCUUUUUCAUUUCUUACUUGUUUUACUUCAAAGUCACCUGGAUUUAAUUUCUUUGAUUCCUCUGCAUUUGGAGCUGAAAUUUCACCAAACCAUCAGUCAGGUGAAAGUUCUUCUGCCGGACAUUUAAAUCCUAUCUCUCCACAAAAAGAUAUUGGAGAUUUAUUUGGAAAAAUGAACACUGAGGAUUCGUUUGCAUUUUCCUUUCCAUCAUGCUCAUCUGCUCAAGUUUUCCAAGAUGGAAAAGAUGACUUCAGUUUCCCUUUUGCAUUUGGAUCAUCCCAGAGUGCAUCUCUAAAAGACUUUCAAUCUUCCUCACAAAGCAGGAAAACAUUUUCAUUUUUCUGAAUAUGUUCACUCCUUAGUUUAGAGUUCUAGUCCAGCCUUAGCGUUAUCAAAUGUGUUUUUAGUUUUUCUAAAUCGAAGGAAUACAACAGAAAAUGGAAGGAGCAUAUUUUCAUCCAGCAAGUGAGUUUUUAAUCUGAUCUUCCAGUUUUAAACGGAUUCAUUUUUAAUAUUUAAAAUUAAUUGAUUCAGUUUAUUAAACUUUUGGUAAAUGUUUACAUGGGAGCCAUGAACCACUUCUGAUUCAGUUUAAUCUGAGAACAGACUCUUCAACAGAUUUGGUGUAAUUUGGUUUAAUAAUUAAAAUCUUACUGUGUAUAAGUCCUUUAAACAUGU